GACGUAUACAUAUAAACUGCCCUGCUGCGCGAGCUUUGUCCUACUCCGUAAACAUGUUUACGGGUUAUCCUCAAUGGAGAACCCCCAAGUUACAGCACGAUAGAGUGGCGUAACGUUAGCUCUUAAAUGUGGCAUCGUAACGAUCAUUUAACUGAAAUGGGUGAAGACCUAUUUUAUACAGUCUAUGGUGAAGACGCCUCUAUUUCACAACGACGCUGGCAGCUAAAGUAGAGGUGGGCAGGAUGGGGGAGCGGGCCAUCAGCAGCCCCGUGGCUGCGAUCUCUCCUGUGCAGCAGAUGCUGGCUUCUGGCACUGGAGCCCUCCUCACAUCUAUUUUUGUCACACCGCUGGAUGUUGUGAAGAUCAGGCUGCAGGCUCAGCAAACACCGUUCCACCAAGCUUUAGCCUGUGAAUCUGCUCCAUGGGGUGGCGUCAUCCGCCCUUCCAAGUGGAAGUGUUUCCUCUAUUGUAAUGGACUGAUGGAUCACAUCUAUGUGUGUCAGAAUGGAACCAGUUGCACCAGCUGGUACAAAACACCAACACAUUUCAGUGGGACACUUGAUGCUUUUGUGAAAAUCACUCGACAUGAAGGACUCAGGUCUUUGUGGAGUGGGCUACCACCAACACUGGUUAUGGCUGUACCUGCCACCAUCAUCUACUUCACCUGCUACGACCAGCUGCGGGACUUCCUGAGAUACGGUCUGGGUUUCCAGGGCAGCCACAUCCCUCUUGUUGCUGGGGGUCUGGCUAGAUUGGGGGCUGUGACAGUGAUCAGCCCUCUGGAGCUGGUCAGGACCAAGAUGCAGUCCCGUCGGCUGUCCUACAGCGAGCUGCGGGUGUGUAUCCGCUCUGCUGUGGCCCAGGAUGGCCUGCUGUCACUGUGGAGGGGCUGGGGACCCACCGUUCUCAGAGACGUACCCUUCUCUGCUUUGUACUGGUUUAACUAUGAACUGGUGAAGGCCCGGCUAUGUGAGUCUCAAAUGACUCAAGCCAACUUCUCCAUCAGCUUUACUGCCGGAGGCAUCUCUGGAGCUAUUGCUGCUAUCCUGACGCUACCUUUUGACGUGGUGAAGACACGUAGACAGAUCCAGCUGGGAGAAUUGGAUACUCUGGGAGUUUCCUUAAAGAAAACCACGUCCACAUGGCACAUAAUGAAGGAAAUAUGGGCUGAGUUGGGCUACAGAGGCCUUUUUGCAGGUUUCAUGCCCAGGGUGAUCAAAGUGGCCCCAGCCUGUGCUGUCAUGAUAAGCACCUAUGAGUUUGGAAAGACCUUCUUCCAGAAGAUGAACCUUGAUCAAGAGUGACCAACGUCCUGAAGGCUGUUUGUGUGGUGCCAGGUGUUUCUCAGUGGCAGGAGACUGUUCACAGCCGCACAUGCAGACUGUUUAUUACCAGGACCGUUGGGACAAAGUCUCAAACAGAAGCUUUAGGAACAGGCGGCCUGGAUUAGGGUUUGUGUGAACACAAACUUGUCAGACAUGCCUCUCUCCCUGCAAAUCUGCUUUUUUUUUUUUUUUUUUUUUUUUUAUAUGAAUUGGACUUGACACCAACAUCCUUGAACACAAUAACGAGCUUGAACAACAAGCCUGGAUACUGAGAGAUACUCGUGGACCACAGACUUUAUGUGUAAUGAUUAUUUGAAUAAUAUUUUUUCCAGGAAUCUUAAAAAGAGAAGGUGUUUUUUUUUUUUUUUUUCAAUGUUUUAGGGAAGGAACUUGUACCAAGUUACACUGACACGGAUCACGCCUCGAUGCACAUUUUCAAAUGAUAAUGAUGAGACUCUGAGCGUGAAAGUCACAUGUUCACUACCUGUUCCAAUACAUGUUCCUUGAUGAAGACACUGAACCCGCUCACCAUAAUGGUUGAUGGGAAAAUUCAAACCCUCUUAAGGACUCCAACUCUUUCAGUACUGUUGCAUGAGUCAGGAAAAUGUUCUCAUUUUGCAUUGCCUGAGAUCGACUGCAUGCUGUACAGUCCACCUUGCAUUCCUGUAGCAGUAAAGCAUGACGUUUCUGACAUUGGAAUACUGAUAAAUCUGUUUUGUAUGCUGGAUAGAUUUGAUCAUUUGUAGUACUUUACAUUUGCAAGACAAGCGCUGUGAAAUGAAAUUAUAAAGUAGCUACAGGUUUUUAUGUUUGUUGAACGUAUGCCUCUUUUCUGCUCUCAUAACGGGAGGAAAGUCACAGUAUUUGAAACACAAGGCGUGAUGGCAAAAUUAAAGCGAGCCUUCUUGGAAGAUAUGUUUUCAUUGGUGCACGAAUUUAGCAUUUUAUGCUAUAAUUAUAUUACAAAAAUUCAUGAACAUUUGAUGUGAGUGCAAAAGCACUGCAGCUAUCUUCCCAAAAAUCACAGAUUUUCUUACAUUUUGCCUUUUUAGGUCACGGGUAAAAGAGAACACAAAAGGCUUUUCAAACUUUCCCUGGUGGCAUUCUGAUGAUGAAAUGCUUUAAAAUUCUUGACAAUAAACAUAACAUCAAAACUUGUUACAACACUGGAUGAUAAAACAAAAUAUUGCUGCCUUAACCUGAAAAGUGUAAAUGUGUGUUCUUUGUUUUUUUUAUGAAUUAAAUGGUAGUAAAUGUUA